AUGCGCAUGCACACUCAGCGUUUCAUACUGGCCACGGCAGUGGUCGCACAAGAAAGCACGUUGCUGGCUGACGAGGCGCAGAUGGAAAGUCGGCCCGCCUGGAACAGGCGUCCCAGCUACGGUGGUUCGGCGCCCGCCGCGCCGGCUGCGCCCACCAACAUGGCCGCGUACAACGACCGCUACGGGGUCUGCAUCGAUGCUAGCUCGUUCGCACAGCUGGCCAACGGCGAGAUGUGCCCCGUCGGUCGCCUGCGGAAGGGUGACCGAGUGGCCGGGCCCGACGGCGCGGUGGCCCAGGUGCAGUGCCUGGUGCAGACCGCCUGCGCGUCAGGGCGCGCGUGGCUCGCCGCGCUCCCUGGCGGAGCGCGCGUCACGCCGUACCACCCCGUGCACGUCGGUGACAAGUGGUGUUUCCCGGUGGAAGUCGCCGACGUGAGCGAGGUGCCUUGCCAGGCCGUGUGCAGCUUCGUCGUCGAGGGCGCCCCGGCCGUGCUACUGCAGGGGGGCGUGGCCGCCGUGGCGCUGGGCCACGGCCUGGCGGAGGGCGCAGCCGAGCACCCGUACUUCGGAGGGGCGCCGGGGCCCACCAACAUCCGACCAGUCGACCCGAUCGAGUUCGGUGGCCUGCGGAAGCAGGUCUCCCACGGCAUCUACCUGAGCAUCGCCGCGGCGGGGGUCCACAGGAGCAUGGGCGUGCGCACCAGCUUCGUGCAGUCGACCGCCCUAGACGCCUGGCGGCCGCUCCACCUGCGGAUGAUGGAGCUCGGCGGGAACCGGCGCUUUCGCGACUUCCUCCGCGAGCAGGGCGUCCCCGAGGGCGCGCCGCUCCGCGAGAAGUACGCGACCCGCGCCGCCGCCUGGUACCGCAGGACAGGACUGCGCGCGGAGGCCGAGGGCUCCGCGCCGCCGGAGCCCCUGGCGGCGGGCGUGGGGCACCUGCCGGAGGAGCCGUGCCCCGCGAGCGCCGUGCUGGACGGCGUGUUCGCCGAGGCGAGGGCGCACGUCUCCCCGCGCGGCGACGGCGGGAGUGCGCCGAGGCCGGCGCCGCGGGCCCAGAGCACCAGGUCGCUCCCGGAGCUCGCCAGCCCCGUCUCGGGUGGCGGCGGCGGCAUGGGGAAGCUCGUGUGCGACGGCCUCACCUUCGCCGUGCGCCUCGCGGGCAUGGCCGGGAGGCGCGGCCCGGGCCGCGCUGCCGGCGGCGACGGGACUCGAGCCCCGCGAGGGGCGCGGCGCUGCCCGGCACGCCCGCUGGACGGGCCCACGCGCACGGGCCCGCCGGCUCAGGCGGCCUGCGGGCCAGGGGCUCCGGCGAGGGCGCGGGGGCGGCGACCGCCGCCUCUGUCAGCUAGGCAGCGCGGCCAGCCAGCGGCGCGCAGAAGUCCAGAUCUUUCGGGCAGGUCCCUCUACAGGAGGAGUAGUCAUUCAAAAUCAGCGACGCGAUAG